AUGGAAUAUGGUGCAGGCAAAGCUGCUCUCCAAGUUCGGUGCAUGCAUUAUGCUGUCAUCAAGCACUUCUACGACGAGCUGAGACACGCAGCGCUUUCCGGAGAUGCAAUGAUAUGGUGCCUCGGACCCUUCAACGAUCCAAUCUAUACGACCUUCGAAGACCAGGAUCUGAAGACACUUGCAGACCAUAUGUACUUCAAACUCAGCGCUCAUGUCCGUAGUCGACAUUACGACCUAAUUGCUCCAGUGACUGACGUCAGAAAUAGCCGAGACGAGGUACUUGCGUUGUUGAACAAGGAAAUGACUCUAAGCAUGAAAAUUAGAGAUUCCAAUGAUGGAAAGCUACUCGUUCCCAAGAUUUUCCGAGACUUGUACGAAGAGAUCAUGUAUAGCGGAGGAUGUGGAAUCGCCAAGAAAGUUGUUCUAGAGAACUUUGCUUUGGAUUUGCGGUCACAUCUUUCAAUUGGCAAUGUUGAGUUGAUCGAAGCCGGCAAGGAUGUCCACGAUUGCCAGGAUCACUUCUUGUUGAACAUGCUAGAGGCAAAUGACUAUCCUUGGGAUUCCUCUGAGAUCGAUUGGUAG